UUCAUUUGAAGCCUGAAGGCAAGUAGUUUCUUUGAAUCCUACUGUCAUCAGUGCCAAGUGCCAAGAAAUGAGCAAGGGUAAAUAAAUAAAUAUAAAAUAUGUAAUAAGUUUAAUUUUAUAUAAUUUUUCAAACAAACAAAUCGAAUUUACUUAUGUAACAGUGACGUGAAAUUUAUUAUUGUCAUUUUGGCACAAACUUCAAAAAAGGUAAAAAUCAAAAAAUGACACACACAGAUUUAUCGCCUCAUCUUCACACGGAUAAAUGCAAUCAAAUGGUGGAACUUUGGAGGCAAUGCCGUAAGGACAAUUUCUUCAAGGUAAUGGUGGGGUAUUGCAAUUCCCAUUACGAUGCCAUGGCCGAUUGUUUGAAGAGCGAAAGGCUGGCCAGAAGGGCGGAAAAUCAGAGAAAAGCUAGAGAGUCCAAGAAAAGGAUAAGUGAGAGGAUUAAGGCGCUGGAGCUAGAAGAGGAGAAAAAGAAACAAGAAGCAUAAUUUGUGAUACUUUAUAAUAAUAUUGUUAUAAAUAAAUUAAAAUUAUAUUAUUGUUUUUUAAUUUGUUGCUUGUAAUAUACGAUUUGUAUUUC